CCGAAUACUAGUGUUUACACUAACAACACACAAAUCAAGCUGUGGAGUUAUGCAAAUCCAAUGCAGCGCCGUACAUGGACAAAACUGUUGACCAUUUUCAUAUACGAAUUCGUAUAUUUUGCGUAUAUUCUAUUAACAAAAAAAUGUAACUAAAAAUAACUUUAACUACUGAAUCCGCGUAAAUUCAGGGUAAUAUUCUUCUUCAGGUCUAUUUAUUCAUCCCUUCCCAUUUGCCGAGAAAAUUUAAUUAUAGGACUUUGUUUUCACCCAGGAGUGUGGUCGGCGCAGGUUAAGGAACUGGAGAGGAUGGGCGCGUCGGGAGCCGCGAUCGUGCUCUGCGCACUGGCCGCUGCGGUUCUGAACGGUGCGGUUCUGUGCAGUGGGCGGAUUACGAGCAGCUUCGUGAGGAAGGUUGAGGGAAGCGUUGAUAUGCCGCUGGACAGUGGCGUAUUUAAGGUGCCUCCUGGCUAUAAUGCGCCUCAACAGGUACAUAUAACUCAAGGAGACCAUGAUGGAAAAGCAGUGAUUGUAUCAUGGGUAACUGCAGAGGAGCCAGGCUCAAACAUAGUCCAGUAUUGGGCUGAGAACAGCAAUCACAAGAAACAGGCAAAGGGGAAAGUGAAAACCUACAAAUUUUACAAUUACACCUCUGGUUAUAUUCAUCACUGCACCAUCAGGAACUUAAAGUAUGAUACCAAAUAUUACUAUGUAGUUGGUACUGGGCACAAGAGCCGAACAUUUUCGUUCACCACGCCUCCAGCAGUUGGCCCAGAUGUUCCGUAUACAUUUGGUCUGAUAGGUGAUCUUGGUCAGACUUACGAUUCCAACAAUACGCUUACACAUUACGAGGAGAACCCAGUGAAGGGACAAGCUGUGUUGUUUGUUGGGGACCUUUCUUAUGCCGAUAAUCAUCCUAAUCACGACAAUGUGAGAUGGGACACAUGGGCAAGGUUUGUCGAAAGAAGCGUGGCUUAUCAACCCUGGAUUUGGACAGCUGGAAAUCACGAGCUAGAUUUUGCUCCUGAAAUCGGCGAAAACAAUCCUUUCAAGCCGUUUACCCACCGUUAUCACGUCCCUUAUAAAGCAUCAGAAAGUACUUCUCCUCUUUGGUAUUCUAUCAAGAGAGCUUCUGCUUACAUCAUAGUAUUGUCUUCAUAUUCGGCUUACGGCAAAUACACACCUCAAUAUUCGUGGCUCGAAAAGGAGCUGCCUAAAGUGAACAGAACCGAGACACCGUGGUUGAUUGUGCUCGUGCAUUCUCCAUGGUACAAUAGCUACGAAUAUCACUUUAUGGAAGGAGAAACAAUGAGAGUAAUGUACGAGCCGUGGUUCGUGCAAUAUAAAGUCGAUGUCGUAUUUUCUGGCCAUGUUCAUGCGUACGAACGUUCGGAACGCGUGUCGAACAUUGCAUACAAUCUCGUGAACAGGCUUUGCUCUCCGGUGCGCGACCAAUCGGCCCCUGUAUACAUAACCAUUGGAGAUGGAGGAAAUAUUGAAGGUUUAGCCACAACCAUGACAGAGCCUCAGCCCGCAUACUCUGCUUACCGAGAAGCCAGCUUUGGCCAUGCCACCUUCGAAAUCAAGAACCGAACUCACGCGUAUUACAGCUGGCACCGAAAUCAGGAUGGAUAUGCCGUAAAAGCCGAUUCCAUGUGGUUUUUCAAUAGACAAUGGAAUCCGGUCGAUGAUUCUACGAAUGCUCAUUCGUGACAAAUUUGCGACUUUUCUAUUUAUUAAACUUUUUUUUUGGUUAACCUUUUGCGAUCGAUUAAAUGGGUUUUUCCUGAUCGAUAUUUUGUAUUCAGUUUGAAUUGUGACGCCUCUGAGUUUCAAGUUUAGUAUUGGUUUUUGGUUUUUCAAAAUUUCAAUGUUUGAUAUCUAGAAUCUGGGUUCUCUUGAUGUUCAUCUUCUUGCUUUUGGUGCAAGUUUUGAAAAUAUUGGAAUAAAUACCAAUUGAAUUGGACAUGACCUUUGUGUUUUGAGUUGUUUUGACUUUUGGGUUUGGAAUUAUGCAUAUAUCAUAAUGUGUGCUUAGUAUCCUGUUAAAGAAAAUCGGUUGGGAUUGAUGGUGAUGAUGUAGUCAUGGUUGAGUUCGAUGUUGAGGUUGAGGAUAGUGAUUCUUUUGAUGCUUGUAACUUUUAACAUUUUUAUUUAUUUUUUCUAGGGUUCUUAGUAGUGUUUUGACAGGAGCAUUGGUUAUGUUACCAUGGAUUUUGUCCAAACGUGAUGGUGUAGUUAGUAGUGUAACGUAUCUUCUGAUUGGUGGUCCUUCUGUUCUUUCCUUUUUCACGUUUUUUGCAACACAAAUUGUCAAAGAAAGUGCUUAUCAAGUGUAACCCAACAUGUUAUGUGGCUUUCAUCAAGUACAAG